AUGGAUGACCAGAGCCAAUCGGCAGUGAACAGUUCCGGCGGACAAGAAGUGAAUUAUAACGGUAAUGAAUCCGGUCAACCGCCUUCUACAAGCACCAACCUCAGAGGUGGUCGUCAUAUGCAAAAUCGUCUACUCGUUUGGUUGGAUGUCAACGCUGACAAAUCCAAAGAUGAAAAUCGUGAUUUUCUCACCUGUUUCCGUCGAGUGAUUAAUGAAAUCUACAUUUUCCGCCAGGCAGAUCAAUGCAUCGAUUUUCUUAAUGAACACAAAGAUGCUCAGAUCUUCUGUGUUGUCUCCGAUGAUAUCGACCAAAAAAUCAUAUCAAAGAUUCAUUACAUGUCUCAAAUUCAUACUAUUUUUGUUUUCUGUCAAAACAAGGCUGAUCAUGAACAAUGGACAAAGAAUUGGUCAAAAAUUCGAGGAGUCUUCAUCGAAAUUGAAGGACUUUGUAAAUCAAUGCAACAAGCUGUGCAGCAAUGUGACGAAGAUAGCAUUUCGAUGAGUUUUGUCUCAGCAACGGUGCAGUCCACAUCUCCUGAAAGUCUAGACCGAUUAGAUCCAACUUUUAUGUACACUCAAUCAUUCAAGGAAAUCCUCUUAGAAAUUGAUUACGAUGAUGAAGGAGCUGUUGAAGAACUAACUACUUACUGUCGUGAUCAAUACAGUGACGAUAAACAUGUAUUAGAAAAGAUAGCACAAUUCAAACAAGAGUACCGCCACCACAAGCCCAUUUGGUGGUAUACUUACGAAAAGUUUCUUUAUCGAAUGCUCAAUCAGGCUCUGCGCAAUCUUGAGGUAGAAACUAUUCUAAAGAUGGCCUUCUUCAUUCGAGAUCUUCAUCGACAAAUAGAACAACUUUACUUAAAACAAUUCCAUGACAGACAGUCGCCAAAUGUCUUGGUUUAUCGAGGUCAAGGAAUGACGACGAGGGACUUUGACAUUUUGAAGCGGAGCCAAGGAGGUUUACUGGCCUUUAAUAACUUUUUGUCGACCAGCAAAAGUCCAGAAUUCGCAAAGCGUUUUGCCUGUGGUAGUCUGUGGAAUCCCGAUUUGGAAGGCAUAUUUUUUGAAAUGGUGAUCGAUCUGGCAGUUUCUACAACUCCCUUCGCAGACCUAGGUAACAUCAGUUGUUCUCCAUCUGAAAAGGAAGUUCUGUUUUCUAUGCACACUGUCUUUCGCAUUGGCGCAGUCGAACCAAUGAAUAACGGCAACAGAUUGUGGCGUGUGCAUCUCGAUCUAACUGCUGACAACGACACACAACUCAGUGCUUUGGCUGCAUCUGAUCGAGAAAAGAAUAGUAACUUUACAGGGUGGGAUCGCUUAGGUAAUUUACUAAUGCGGUUGGGCGAAACUGGCAAGUACGAGCAAAUGUAUAGAAGCUUACUCAAUCAACCAUCAAAAGAUGAAAAGAGAGCGAAUGCUUAUUUGAACCUUGCAGGUCGAAAACUAACAACAGAUCCUAAUUAUAAAGACGCCAUUAUCUUUUUGUCGAAAGCACGGGAGAUCUACGAGGAACAGCAGCUCCCUUCAAUUCAUCCUAUUUUUGGUUUAAUUCAUAACGGUAUAGGUCUUGCACAUAUGCAUCUGAACGAACCUUUAAAAGCACAUCCUUUCCUCGAAAAAAGUCUUGAAGUCAACAAAAGAAUUUUCCUUGAUCACCAUACGUCGUUGUCACUCAGUUACAAAUCUAUGGCUACCGUGUCUAGUAUGUUAGGCGAAUACUCGCAAGCAAUCUCUUUCGAAGAAAAAAUACUUGAAUGUCGCGAAAAAUUUCUCCCGACCAUCCAUCCCGAAUUAGCAUUUGGUUAUUUGAGUAUCGCCAUCACGUAUAUUCACCACUCUGAAUUUGAGAAAGCACGUACCUCUGCAGAAAAAGCACUCACAAUAUUUGAAGAAUUAUACUCUUCAGAUGACGAUGGAUUAGCUACUGCUUACAAAGGACUUGGUGAUUUGUCGAGUUACAUGAACGAUUAUCCAAAAGCACUUUCGUUCUAUGAAAAAGCAUUUAAGAUAUGUCGGGCAAACUUCCCUCUAACCCAUGGAAUUUUUGCUAGCUACUAUGCGUCUCUCGGUGACCUCUAUAAGAGGAUGGGAAACUUCUCCGGAGCAUUUUCAGCUUAUGAAAAAACACUUGAAAUCAAUAAAGCCAAUCUCCGCCUGAAUGAUCUAUUGUUGUCGAUAGAUUAUAACCGUAUAGGUAUCCUACAUCAUUAUGUAGGAGAAUAUACGAAAGCACUUUCGUGUUACGAGAAAGCAUUCGAAAUUGAACAGAAAGCGCGCUCCGCCCAUUAUACAAUUCUUACUGGUACACAAAACAAUUUUGGAUUGGUAUAUUUAGAACUUGGAGAGUAUUCAAAAGCAUGUAUCUUUUUCGAAAAAGCAAUCGAAAUUCAGCAGAAAGCUUCUUCCAUCGAUUAUUUCACCGUCGGCUUUUUUCACUUAAUGCUCGGUUUGACAAAGACGUUCCUUGGAGAACACCCAAAAGCAGUUGAAUUUUGUGAAAGAGGACUUGAACUCCAGCGCCGAGCUUGCUCUCCUAACCAUAUACAAUUUGCCACAUCAUAUAUGCUUAUGGGUAUGGUGUAUAAACAAAUGGAUGAUCACUCCAAAGCAGUUUUUUAUUUUGACAAAAUGCUGAAACGUCUUGAAAAUUUUCCGGUAGUGGAGCAGAAACAUGUGUCUUACGUCCACAACAUGAUUGGGGAAAUAUAUUUAAAAAAGGGUGACUAUUCGGCAGCACUUCAGUCUUUCGAAAAAGCGGUCGAACUUGUUCAGAAACUUCUUCCUGAAAAUCAUCCGUAUUUCGCGGAAUACUACAAUAAUAUUGGAGAGGUAUACCAAAAUACGAAACGGUAUGACAAGGCGCUAUCAUCUUUUCAACAAGCAGUUGAAAUUGGACAACAUAAACUACCUUCGAAUCAUACGAAACUUCAGAAAUGGCGAAGUAAUCUCGAGUCAUUAAAGAAGAGUGUAUGUUGA